AUACUGACGACUUUGAGUUUUCUCUUUAUUUAUCUCCCUUUAAUUCCCGUGUAGCAGACUUCGCCUAGCUCCCAACUCAGCUGUUUUCUACAUAAACUUCAAAACGUGCUGACUGUGAGGGAUUCAACACAUAAACAAUGGGCAGAGCUAAUUCUAUCCCAGUUACAGAUCAUUGAGAGAGAUGAUGGAUUUUCUGAAGAAUACAGUGACCAGGUGUUUCAUAUUUUGUUCUUUGUUCCUGGUGACAAACUUUGUCAACAAGUAUGUCUUGUCUGUUCUGGAGUUCAAGUAUCCAACAAUAUUUCAAGGUUGGCAGACAUUUGUGGGGUUCAUGGUUCUCAGGAUGGGCGUGGUCACCAAACACUUACCAUCCAUGUUGACAGACAAGGAAACCAUCAGACAACGAGCAGUGAUGUGGAUCCCAGGCAUGAUGUUGUUUGUGUCUGUCAUAUACUCAGGAUCAAAAGCUCUCGCAAGCCUGACUCUGCCUGUGUUCCUGUCCCUACAGAAUCUGGUUACAGUUAUAAACUGUACAACACAGAUGGCCAUCUCUCGCAAGUUGAUGAGUUUAUUUAGCUACCUGAUGUUGAUGCUGGUCAUCAUCUCAUCACUAGGAACUGUGAACUCAGACCCUCAGUUCAGUGCCGAGGGAUAUUUCUGGAUGUGUGUUCAUAUUAUUUGCACAGGUGUUUUACAGAUUUAUACAAAACUGACUAAAGGCAGAUUAAAGAUCAGCUCACAUGAAAAGCUUUACUGCAACUAUAUAUACAGUAUGAUCCUCCUAGCACCAUGUAGUUACCUGAUUGGUGAUGCGUUGGAUGCCAUCAAAUUUCCAUACCUGUACUUCUCUAAGUUCUACAUAGGCUGUAUAUUCAGUGGCGUGUUUGGUGUACUGUUGAACCUUUACACAAUACGACUACAGGAAGCCUACCUGGAGUCCAUCGAGUUCGUCAGGAUUCAGGGGUUCGCCAAGAUGGUCUCUUCUCUAGUGUCUCUCCAGUUUUUUGACAUGACUGUGACACAUUCUCAUGCUGUUUGGAUAGCUGUCAAUCAGCUAGCUGGAUUUGUGUGCGAGGACCCAAUGCUUCCUUCAUCAACAUCAAGCAUUAUCGAAACGGAGAUAUUGACCAAUAAAAAUUCUUCAUAUGACACUGAAAUUAUGUCAUCAAAUCGAAAAACUUUUAGUGGAGAGGAUACAUCUUCCAGUGGCAUGGCUUCUUACACCAUGGAAUAUACCUCACCGGCCAAUCAUAUGUCGUCUAACAAAGCAGAUUAUUCCUUACCAGCCAAUCAUAUUUCUUCUCAUAAGGAAGAAUAUUCCUCACCAGCCAAUAGUAUGGCAUCAUCUUUUCAUGAACAAUUUUAUCAGCCGAGAACAAUUCCUGGAUUAGGGUCCAAACACAACGUGUUGUACAAUGACUUUUUACGAGAUGAUCAGCCUAAAUAAUGUCAGUUAUUUUUAUUUUUUCAUUGUUAUGCUGAGCAUAAUUUUAAUUGUUAAUUUCAAAAUGAAAUAAAGGUGCAAUAUUUAUCAGAAAA